CGGAAACGUCCCCUCUCGGAACGAACGCCAACGACAUCGUCGUCUAAACAACGCAUUUUAACGCCUUCUCAGCCUAUAAUAAAUCGAAAUCGUCACGACGGUGACAAUGGUGGACCAAAGCAAACAAAUAAGCAUGGGCAACAACUUAUGAAGCGCUUGAAUGUACCAGCGUACCGUAGACAACUGUCAAAAGCACGCAAGAAUGCAAUGGAACUAAAGCGAAUCCGUGAAGCGUUGAAACGUCACAUGAAGGUGCCCAAAAGUUUACCAUUGAAUUCACUGAAGCGAAAGUCUCAUUCAAGAAAGCACACCCGUCCAGUUGAUCCUGAAAAACGUCGUCUUCGGAAACUGAUGCGACUGAAAACCAUUCUUAAGUAUCAGUCCGCUAAAUUGCCUGUUGCAAAUUCACCUCCACCUCCACCUCCAGCAGCGCCUGCAAAUGCUAGACCAAUCGCACGACCGCAUUUACCUCAACAGCAUCAAAAUACUCACCGUCAGAUACGUCCACAAAACCCUGCGAAGGUGAACUUUGGGGUGAAAGCUCCUGCACGUCAAUUCCAAGCCAGAACAGUGCAACCUGUGGUAACCACACAAGUUCAAUCGGCAGCAAAAACCCAGAACCCUUCAUUUGCUAGUCAGCGUCUCAUCUCCCAGCAACAGUCUCAGCUCCAGAAUUUGCACAUUCCAACGGCAAAACCAAUAUUAUCGAAUCAGUUCAGACCUUUACCGGUACUGCCUCGUGAUCCAGAAACUGAGGCAUAUCUUCGUGAAAUUGAAGACUACGAUUUUGCAAUUGAAACGCAAAAGCAGAUGCAACGGCAACUACGGCGAAAAGCUACGCGAUCUGAAGGCACUCGUGAUGCUUUCGAUGAUACAGACAUUCAGUAUGAGAACAUUAGAACACCAAAAGGAGAGAAAUAUGCCGGUCCAGGUUCAGCGAAUUUCAUCGCUCCACAAUUACGAGUAGAAAUUCCAACAACAACUCCAGCAGUACCGCAAGGUAUUAGCCAACAAUUCGGUAUGAGUUUUUGA